GCUCCCACGCUGCCUCCUGCUCGGAGAUCUCUUGGACCAAGCCCUGGUGCUGAUGCUCCUGGCCAUGUGCGGCGUCGUUGCGACGAUCUGGUUUCCCGUGUGCGCCCACCGCGAGACCACCAUUAUGAGCUUCGGCUACUCCCUCUACACGGGCUGGAUCGGUUCUGCCCUCUGCCUCUUCGGCGGCUGGCGCAUCGCGGGAGAUGCCCAGACGUUCGGUGAAAACCGUUUCUACUACGCCUCGGGAUCCAGCUCCCCUACCCACGCGAAGAGCGCUCACGUGUAA